AUGAAGAAGCCUUUGAUGGAAAUGAUCAGGGCUAAUGCCGACCUCUUCGCCUGGACGCCUGCCGAUAUGCCCGGAAUAGAUCCCUGGCUCGUAUCGCAUCAUCUGGCCGUUAAGGCGGGAACCAAGCCAGUGGCCCAGAGGAAGAGAAAAAUGUCCCAAGAAAGGGCAGAAGAGGUAGCCAGGCAGACGGCCAGCUUCCUAGAAGCAGGAUUCAUCCGAGAACUGGACUACUCGACCUGGUUGUCGAACGUGGUCCUGGUUAAAAAGCACAAUGGGGGAUGGAGAAUGUGCGUGGACUACUCUGACCUGAAUAAGGCGUGUCCCAAGGAUUGCUACCCCCUACCUAACAUCGACGCACUCGUCGACGCAGCGGCGGGCUACCGGAGUGGAAGCCAACCCCGAGAAGUGUCGAGCAGUUCUCCAGAUGAAGAGCCCGGGUUGUAUCAAAGACGUCCAACGACUUGCCAGGAGGUUAACGGCUUUAUCCCGAUUCCUCGGCGCUUCGAAUGGACCCCAGCAUGUGAAGAGGCAUUCAACCACUUCAAGCAGAUCCUAGCGGCACCACCGGUCCUCGGAAAACCUAAGGUCGAAGAACCGCUCUACCUCUACUUAUCAGUAACCGAGGAAGCACUUGCCACAGUGCUCGUUAGAGAAGAAGGGAAGACCCAAGAACCCGUUUACUUCGUGAGCAGGGUCCUCCAAGGACCAGAAUUGAAAUACAGCAAACUGGAAAAACUGGCGCUGGCGCUCCUAGUCUCUUCCCGAAGGUUAAGACAAUACUUCCAGAGCCAUCGUAUAGUCGUAAGGACGGAUCAGGCGAUUCGCCAAGUACUGCAAAAACCUGACUUGGCCGGUAGGAUGAUGACCUGGGCCAUCGAGCUCUCCCAAUACGACCUACAAUAUGAACCCCGACAUGCAAUCAAAGCCCAGGCAAUGGCAGACUUUCUGGUGAUAACCCGUUUCGGUAUCCCGGAGGUCGUUAUCUCAGACAACGGGACCCAGUUCACGGACAAGAAGUUCAUGGAGUUCCUCUCUGGCCUAGGGAUAAAGCAGAAGUUCUCCUCGGUAGAACACCCCCAAACAAACGGGCAGGUAGAAGCUACAAACAAGGUCAUCCUUCUUGGUCUAAAGAAGCGCCUAGAUAAUAAGAAAGGAACAUGGGCUGACGAACUCGCCUCCGUCCUAUGGUCUUACCGGACAACUGAGCAAAGCGCUACGGGGGAAACUCCCUUUCGCCUAACAUACGGGGUCGAUGCGGUAAUACCAGUCGAAAUCGGCGAACCGAGCCCCCGACUACUACUCGCGGGCAUGAGCGAAGCGGUCGAAAAGGACCUGGUUGAGGAAACAAGGGAAAUGGCUCACCUAUCAGAAACGGCGCUGAAACAAAGAAUAGCUCUGCGUUACAACGCAAAAGGUAAGGGAGGUACUCGGCAAAGGCGCUUACAAGCUAGAAAGACUCAACGGCAAGGAAAUACCCAGAACAUGGAAUACGGGUAG